UGUGACAGUCCUUUGCUCUUUAACUCUGUUCCCCCCAGUGAGCAGUUUACUGUCUGUGCUGCUGUUAUCUAACAGCGGCGGAGACAUUAAAGAGUCAUGCCGCUCAAUGUCGUGUUGGAAGGUCCGGCCCCCUGGGGGUUUCGCCUGAUGGGAGGAAAGGAUUUCAACCAGCCCCUGACCAUCUCCAGGAUCACCCCCGGCAGCAAGGCCUCCGUGGCCAACUUGUGCCCUGGUGACGUCAUCCUGGCCAUCGAGGGAGCCCCCGCCACAGAUAUGCUGCACUGUGAAGCCCAGAACAAGAUAAAAGAGUCCACCAAUCAGCUCUGUCUCACUGUUGAAAGGAAUGAAUCAAGACUGUGGUCACCUCGUGUUACGGAGGAAGGUAAAGCUCACCCAUAUAAAAUCAACCUAGAAGCAGAGCAACAGGAGUAUAAACCCAUUGGCACCGCUCACAACCGGAAAGCUCAGCCGUUUGUUGCGGCAGCGAACAUCGAUGACAAGCGUCAGGUGGUCAGUACAGCUUACAACACUCCUAUAGGCCUUUACUCUUCGGGCAAUAUCCAGGACGCCAUGGAGGGCCAGAUCCGAGGCCUCGUCCACCAGAAGCCUGAGAGCCCCAGGGCUUUGACCAGCAUCGAAGAUUCUGAUGUGUACCGGAUGUUACAGAAAGACCAGGAGGAGCCCCAGGAGCCUCGGCAGUCUGGCUCCUUCAAAGCCCUGCAGGAGUUUAUUGACAGUGAUGGCACUCGUCCCAUUGUGACCAGGACAGUAAAAGCCCCCACCACCAAACCAACUCCGCCCACAGGAAACCUGCAGAAACUGCCCGUCUGCGACAAGUGUGGGAACGGGAUCGUCGGCACAGUGGUGAAGGCGCGGGACAAAUAUCGUCACCCUGGUUGCUUUGUGUGCGCAGACUGUGACGUCAACCUCAAACAGAAGGGCUAUUUCUUCGUGGAGGGGCAGCUGUACUGCGAGACUCACGCUCGUGCCAGGAUGAGACCACCGGAGGGACAUGAGCUCAUCUCUACUUACCCAUCUGCAUAGAUUGCCCUCCUGCGCGCACGGACACAAGCACUUGCGCACGAACACACACACACAAACAGACACACACUUCAGCAAACACUCCGAGGUCCUACAUCUGUUUAAGUGAUCAUCUGCACCUUGAAGUUGUCUGUGUGCAAUAACAUUUCAGCGAGAAUACACUUUUCUCCGAACAUAACAGUAUGCUGUGUUGGCCUGUAAAUCACUUUUGUGUAGGAACAUUUUGCAGGUGAUAAAUGAACAGUCGUGUUGUUCAAAGAGCCCGGCGGAAGGGACAACAGAACUUGGCUCUUUAUUUCUUGCCAGUUUCUCACAAUCUGAUGUCUUUUUCAAUAAAGACCCUCUGUUCAUA